CUCUGCUGAAUGAUGUUGCUCAGCCUGAGAAAGAUUACGAUCCCUUUGCGGAUCGACGCCGACCAACGGUCGGUGAGAAAGAGGACGAAUAUCGUCAGAAGCGACGUCGGCUCGUUAUCUCACCGGAACGUAUCGAUCCUUUCGCAGAUGGUAAGUUUCGAAGCUCUUGAAAUAUCAGUUGAUAAGUGUUCAGUCCAUAAGCUCAGCUAGUCGGUUUAUCGUUGCACAAAUGGUGGCACAGACGGUUCGUUCGAUCCGCGUUAAAAUGUGUGCACUUCCUGUGCCACCAUUCGAUGCACAGUUAGUCUUUGGGAGUGAGUGAAAGUUUGGAGUGAAUGCGUGCCUUGGGUGAACGGAACAAGUAAAAAAAAAACAAAACACAAAACACGCGCAAUGCAAGACGACAAACCAUGGGGGUGCAUAAGUCCUCUUUUGGCUCUUCUGUUGCGCUUUGUUUGAGUAUCCAGAAUAGUGCCACUUUUGAUUAACGAAAACCACUUACCACGCAGGUUGCGGACGUCCGUGUCAGAAUGAGACCGCCGAGGAUGGCUCUCAGUUUCUCAGGUUAAUAGUUCCUGCUCGCUCGAUUUCUAAUGGUGGAUCUUCGGAAAGGGAAGAAUGAUUCGAGAAUGGCCGCGCCAAUCAUAAGUGUUCGUUUCGUUAAUCGGUUUGAAAAAAAAAAACUUCGAAGCCUGGAAUGAUUCUUCGCUUUCCGUUUCGCCACCGAGGAGCUUGGACAAGUUUUGUGAGAAUGGAAGCCCUUCUCAAACCCCAAAUUAAAGCCACUAGCCGUGAGCAUUCUUCUUCUGCGAAGUAGUAAUUUCGUAAAAUCCCCCUAGUUUGUCACACAGUAUUAGUAAAUUUGUUGUAACAGCGCAGAAAGAAUGUUUCACGCACAGAGGAUCUGGCUGGAGCACGUACGUAUCACUGCCGGGACGAAACUUGAAAUUAGAGCUUGUGUUUUACCACCCUUCCUUUCGUUUCAUCCUCUAAAAAAUCGCGAUCGAAUAUAGCUCUUUCGGGUAUUUAAUUUCAAGUUUGUCUCGUUUUGUAUAUGAUUUAAACAAACGCAAUGCGAUCCACGAUCCGAAUGGCUCUAAUCAGUGUUUUUCAAUCUGUUUGCUUGUUUGGAUGUCUUACAGGCGGUAAAACUCCCGAUAUCGGAUCCCGUUCGUACACGGAAAUUAUGCGCGAGCAGAUGCUCAAAGGGGAAGAGGUCGAGCUCCGCAAAAAGAUCCAGGAGAAGGCGAAGGAUGGCUCACUUAAAGUGACCAGUUCCAGCAAUGGCGACGCUAGCAAACCGGCCCCUGUCGAGGCGAAGAAACGAGGCCGCUGGGAUCAGACGGUGGAGGAAGCCUUUGUGCCACCGAAGAAGGUUGCGGUUCCGGCCACCCCCACUUGGGAUGCUGAGAAAACCCCCGCCGAUCAUCGCUGGGACGAAACACCGGGUCACAAGGGCAGCGAAACUCCCGGCGCCACUCCAAGCGUCCGGAUCUGGGACGCCACACCGGCCCACUCGGGAACUACUCCUGGACGGGAAACGCCAGCGGAGAAAUCAACCCGCCGCAAUCGCUGGGAUGAAACGCCGAAAACGGAACGAGAAACACCGGGCCAUUCGUGGGCGGAAACACCACGAGCCGAUCGGGGUCCAACCGAUAGUGUGAUGGAUAGCACCACUCCUGCUUCCAAGCGUCGUUCCCGGUGGGACGAGACACCUUCCAAUGCAACCCCCUCGGCAAUGACUCCCUCGAUUGCGAUGACCCCGACACCGCACGCUACCCCGGGACACGCCACGCCACUACUAACACCCGGUGGGACCACUCCGAUUGGGCACAAGGCGAUGGCCAUGGCGACACCUACACCGAGCCAUUUGGCUGCAAUGACACCGGAACAGCUUCAAGCAUACCGUUGGGAGAAAGAAAUCGACGAACGAAACAGACCAUUCAGCGAUGAGGAACUGGACUCUAUGUUCCCACCGGGAUACAAGAUUUUGCCCCCACCGGCAGGAUAUAUCCCAAUUCGGACGCCAGCCAGAAAGUUGACCGCCACGCCGACACCAAUGGCUGGAACCCCCGCUGGAUUCUUCAUCCAGGCCGAGGACAAGAGCGCGAAGUUUAUCGACAACCAACCGAAGGGCAAUUUACCGUUUAUGAAACCGGAGGACGCACAGUACUUCGACAAGUUGCUGAUCGACGUCGACGAGGAAGCCCUCAGUCCGGACGAACAGAAGGAGCGGAAGAUUAUGAAACUUUUGCUGAAGAUCAAGAACGGAACGCCCCCAAUGCGAAAGGCUGCUCUGAGACAGAUAACCGAUAAAGCACGCGAGUUCGGCGCCGGUCCCCUCUUCAAUCAAAUCCUCCCCCUGCUGAUGAGUCCCACGCUGGAAGAUCAAGAGCGUCACUUGCUGGUGAAAGUCAUCGAUCGAAUUCUGUACAAGUUGGACGAUUUGGUUCGUCCGUACGUCCACAAGAUUCUGGUCGUCAUCGAACCGCUGCUGAUCGAUGAAGAUUACUACGCUCGCGUGGAGGGUCGUGAAAUCAUUUCCAAUCUGGCGAAGGCUGCCGGUUUGGCCACUAUGAUUUCCACAAUGAGACCCGACAUCGACAAUAUCGAUGAGUACGUGCGUAACACAACGGCUCGUGCUUUCGCGGUGGUAGCUUCCGCUCUUGGCAUUCCAUCGCUGCUGCCCUUCUUGAAGGCCGUAUGCAAGAGUAAGAAAUCCUGGCAAGCGCGUCACACCGGUAUCAAAAUCGUUCAGCAGAUCGCAAUCCUCAUGGGGUGUGCCAUUCUGCCCCAUCUGAAAUCACUGGUGGAAAUCAUCGAGCAUGGUUUGGUUGAUGAACAGCAGAAAGUUCGUACUAUUACUGCGUUGGCGUUGGCUGCGCUUGCUGAAGCUGCCACUCCGUACGGUAUCGAAUCGUUCGAUUCGGUGUUGAAACCGCUGUGGAAAGGUAUCCGAACUCACCGUGGCAAAGGUCUGGCCGCUUUCCUGAAAGCCAUUGGCUAUCUUAUCCCGCUGAUGGAUGCCGAGUACGCCAAUUACUACACCCGAGAAGUGAUGUUGAUUCUGAUCCGGGAGUUUCAAUCGCCCGACGAGGAAAUGAAGAAGAUUGUGUUGAAGGUUGUGAAGCAGUGCUGCGCCACCGACGGUGUGGAAGCGCAGUACAUCAAGGAGGAAAUUCUGCCGCACUUCUUCAAACACUUCUGGAACCAUCGGAUGGCGCUGGAUAGGCGCAACUAUCGGCAGCUGGUGGAUACGACGGUGGAGAUCGCGAACAAAGUGGGCGCCUCGGAAAUCAUCAAUCGAGUGGUGGACGAUCUGAAGGAUGAGAACGAGCAGUACCGCAAGAUGGUGAUGGAGACCAUCGAGAAGAUUAUGGGGAAUCUGGGGGCGGCGGAUAUCGAUUCGAGGCUGGAGGAGCAGUUGAUCGAUGGUAUUCUGUACGCCUUCCAGGAACAGACCACCGAGGAUGUGGUCAUGCUGAAUGGUUUCGGCACGAUCGUGAAUCAGCUCAGCAAACGGGUCAAGCCGUACUUACCGCAGAUUUGUGGUACCAUUCUGUGGCGGUUGAACAACAAGUCGGCGAAAGUGCGACAACAGGCGGCGGAUUUAAUCUCCCGCAUAGCGGUGGUCAUGAAAACCUGUCAGGAGGAGAAGCUGAUGGGACAUUUGGGUGUCGUCCUGUACGAGUAUUUGGGCGAGGAAUAUCCCGAAGUGUUGGGUUCCAUCCUCGGAGCUCUGAAAGCAAUCGUCAACGUUAUCGGUAUGACCAAAAUGACGCCUCCCAUCAAGGAUCUCCUGCCCCGAUUGACACCCAUCCUAAAAAAUCGCCACGAAAAGGUACAGGAAAAUUGUAUAGAUUUGGUGGGACGUAUUGCCGAUCGUGGGCCGGAGUACGUGUCCGCCCGUGAGUGGAUGCGAAUCUGUUUCGAGCUGUUGGAGCUGCUGAAGGCUCACAAAAAGGCUAUUCGGCGAGCCACGGUGAACACCUUUGGUUACAUCGCUAAAGCUAUUGGGCCGCAUGAUGUGUUGGCCACGCUGCUGAACAAUUUGAAGGUUCAGGAGCGUCAGAAUCGUGUUUGCACCACGGUCGCCAUUGCCAUCGUGGCGGAAACCUGUCGACCGUUCACCGUGCUGCCCGCGUUGAUGAACGAGUACCGAGUGCCGGAGUUGAACGUUCAAAACGGUGUCCUCAAGUCGUUGUCAUUCCUGUUCGAGUACAUCGGAGAGAUGGGUAAGGAUUACAUCUACGCCGUGUGUCCUCUGCUAGAGGAUGCCCUGAUGGACCGGGAUCUGGUCCAUCGACAGACCGCUUGCGCCGCAAUCAAGCACAUGGCCCUGGGAGUGUACGGUUUUGGCUGUGAGGAUGCGCUCAUUCAUCUGCUGAACUACGUUUGGCCCAACAUAUUCGAGACGUCCCCCCAUCUGGUUCAGGCCUUCAUGGACGCCGUGGAGGGCUUGCGGGUCGCGCUGGGACCCAUCAAGAUCCUGCAGUACACCCUCCAGGGGCUGUUCCAUCCGGCACGGAAAGUGAGGGACGUUUAUUGGAAGAUUUACAACUCGUUGUAUAUAGGGGCGCAGGAUGCGCUUAUCGUGGGUUACCCCCGCAUCACGAAUGACCCUCAGAAUCAGUAUAUAAGAUACGAGUUGGAUUAUAACAUUUAGGGCGGCACUCCCUCGCGCGCCGUAUUGAUUGUGAAACAAAACAAAUUUAUCAUUACCUAAUAACGUAUAAUUAAACCUGUCCGUAGAGUGUUGCAGAGAA